AUGGAUUCUAUAAGGUCUAAAAGGGUUAACAAAAAGCCCUGGAUUAUCGGAGGAUGCGUAACUGCUGCCAUAGUCAUUUUAAUAAUUAUACUCUGUGUCACGCUCGGGUCAAGUGCUGAGAGCGGUACCUCAGUUGCUGUCAAGGAUGUGUACGAAGCCUUUGGAUACAUAGAUAACACCAUCGCCGCUGCUUACAAGGAUGAAGAGGCAAUCAGGGUUCCACUCCUGACCGACUUGAGAAAGUUGUCUGAGAAAGUUCGCGUGGCAGGAGUCAUGUACAUGACAAAGUUGGAGGCUGAAAAGAACGGACAGCAUUAUGACAUUGCUAUAAUCGAGAGUCAGUUGACUAACGGAAAGUUCGUUGAGAAGGAUGGCAAGUUUGAAAUGGUACUUGAGGAUAAGACAAAAGAAGCCGAAAAGGCAGCGAGUGAUGCCAAAGCUAAAAAGGAUCUAGCAGAUGCCGCUCAGAAGAAAGCCGAGGAACACAAAAGAAGUGUAGCCUUAAAGAGGUUUGAAUCAUUGCCUGAACAGACGCCGGCCUCAAGCAGAGAUACUGUGCAUCUCGAGCCGCGCCCUAGAUCAGCGCCGCCUACCAUGGAUAUCAAAACUGAGGCAGAAAAAUUGGCCGAGAGUCAUGUCGAGGUUUCACCGCGCCCUAAGUCAACACCGCCAUUUGCAAAAGACGGGCCGCAAAAGAAAGUCCCUGCUGAGACCCUGGCACCGCUAGUUUUAAAAAAGGCAGAGCCAGAAAAGGUCCCUGGCAGUGAGUCAACACCUGCAGCUUCGGACAAGGCAGAACCAUCAUCUAAGUGCGAAACAGAGGCUGAGACAAAGAAAGUUGACACGGUCACUCCUGAGGUCAAGGUUGCAGAAGAAGCCCAUGGUACUGUUCCAGUUGUUCCAAGUGCUCCACCUGCUUCACCCGCUGUCGCACCUAAGGAUCACGGUUCAUCUGAGACCCAGGCUCCCACCGAGCCUAAGACUACUGAAGCCACCCACUUAUUAAUUGUUUCGAUAAUCGUUAUUGUGGUCGUUUGGAGGCUAUUGGAUCGCAUUUUAAAUGAGAAAAUGAUACCUUUGGUCAAUUUUUCCGGUAACUUAUUUAUGUUAUCGUCACUUGGCCUUCAACUUGUUAUGGAAACCACGUACAUUACCAACAAUCGGCUCAGAAAACUGGCAACCUACAAGGGUUAA